CUCCUUUUCAAAUAUAAACACGCUGCCGGCUUCGAACCUCCCGUUUUUUCCAUAACAUUCUUUUUAGCUUGUCCCUGGGGAUAUGCUGGAGUCAAGCCACGCCAAACUGUUUGGGAAUGAACUUUCAGAAUAUUUUUAUAGUAAGCGGAGUUUUCCUUCUGUAAAGAAAUAGUAGACAGAGAACCACCAUUUUAAAUUUAAUACUCCUCCUGUUUUGUAAAAUCCAAAGACGGAGGUGGCUUGGCUGGAACACUUUUAAACCUCCGACUCUGGCCGGUAAGCUUGGAUAUCAUUGUGCACAAAUCCGAUACGUCACAAGCCAGGUGUAUGACCCCACCACUCCACUACGGAAUGUUUUGGAAGCUAUGUUGAAAGUUACCUACGAGGACAAGAUUCAUCUGGGGCACUGGACUGGAGUCUUGCCGAUAAUUGAGAGCCUGGCUUGCAAGCUACCAGCCGGCAGACCCAAAUGUGUCACCUCAAGCACGGAUCACACGGAUGGUACGGCGUAUCAGACCGGAUUAGCUCGCACCUUUAAAUUCAUGUGCCUGCCAAUUCUGCUUUCUAUCUUGCAUCUUUCCGGGUCUGGUCUGAGAAAGCAAACAACAUAGCCUAACAAUUCCUUGAUCAUAGAAUAAAUUUCUUACCGCUCUUAAGGGAUACUUUCGGAAAGCCCGUGUCUGCGGCGGAGCAAUGCUGGAAAUAUAGUCAAUUUACCAAGACUUAGAGCCGGAGAAUCAUUGAUGCUAUACCUAUCUACAAUUAUAAACCUUCAUGCUAACGUGUACCAUAUUGAUGCCUAGAUCAGACCCCAUCCUCCCUGUUUCGUCUUUGAC